UUGGCUGCGGCUGCAGACGCUGCACCAUGGACCCGGCCCAGGAGCUGCUCUUCUACGUGAACGGCCGCAAGGUGAUAGAAAAAAAUGUUGAUCCUGAAACAAUGCUGUUACCAUAUCUGAGGAAGAAUCUCCGGCUCACAGGAACUAAGUACGGCUGUGGCGGAGGAGGCUGUGGUGCCUGCACGGUGAUGAUCUCACGAUAUAACCCCAGCACCAAGAAAAUCAGACACCAUCCAGUCAAUGCCUGCCUGACCCCUAUCUGCUCUCUGUAUGGUACAGCCAUCACCACAGUAGAAGGCAUAGGAAGCACCAAGACCAGACUUCAUCCUGUCCAGGAGAGGAUUGCUAAGUGUCAUGGUACCCAGUGUGGAUUCUGCACCCCUGGGAUGGUGAUGUCCAUGUAUGCACUGCUCAGGAACCACCCAGAGCCCACUCUGGAUCAGUUAACUGAUGCCCUCAGUGGGAACCUAUGCCGCUGCACUGGAUACAGGCCAAUAAUUGAUGCAUGCAAGACUUUCUGUAAAAAUUCUGGCUGCUGUCAAAGUAAAGAAAAUGGGGUUUGCUGUUUGGAUCAAGGAAUAAAUGGACUUCCAGAAUUUCAGGAAGAAGAUAAGACAAGUCCAGAACUUUUCUCUGAAGAGGAGUUUCUUCCAUUGGAUCCAACCCAGGAGCUGAUAUUUCCCCCAGAACUAAUGAUGAUGGCUGAGAAACAACCACCAAAGACCAGAGUCUUUGGUGGUGAUAGAAUGACAUGGAUUGCCCCAGUGACCCUGAAGGACCUUGUGGAAGCUAAAUUCACAUAUCCCCAGGCUCCCAUUGUCAUGGGGAACACCUCUGUGGGGCCUGAAGUAAAAUUUAAAGGUGUCUUCCACCCAGUGAUCAUUUCUCCGGGUAGAAUUGAAGAACUGAGUGUUGUAAACCAGGCCUGCGAUGGGAUAACACUAGGUGCUGGCCUCAGCCUGGAUCAGGUGAAAGACAUUCUGGCUGAUGUGGUCCAGAAGCUCCCAGAAGAGAAGACACAGACAUACUGUGCUCUUCUGAAGCAUCUGAGAACUCUGGCUGGGUUCCAGAUCAGGAACAUGGCUUCUUUAGGGGGCCACAUCGUGAGCAGACAUCUGGACUCAGAUCUGAAUCCCCUCCUGGCUGUGGGUAACUGUACCCUCAACUUGCUGUCGAAAGAAGGGAAACGACAGAUUCCUUUAAAUGAGCAGUUUCUUCGCAAGUGUCCCAGUGUGGAUCUUAAGCCUCAGGAAGUCUUGGUCUCAGUGAACAUCCCCUACUCCAAGAAGUGGGAAUUUGUGUCAGCCUUCCGACAAGCCCAGCGUCAACAGAAUGCACUAGCAAUUGUUAAUUCAGGAAUGAGAGUCCUUUUUGGAGAAAGAGAUGGCAUCAUUAAGGAGUUAUCCAUUUUUUAUGGAGGUGUUGGUCCAACCACCAUCAGUGCUAAGGAUUCCUGCCAGAAACUCAUCGGAAGGCCUUGGAAUGAAGAGAUGCUGGAUACAGCAUGCAGGCUGGUUUUGGAUGAAGUCAUCCUUCCAGGCUCAGCUCCAGGUGGGAAGGUGGAAUUCAAGAGGACCCUCAUCAUCAGCUUCCUCUUCAAGUUCUACCUGGAAGUGUCACAGAUUUUGAAGGAGAUGGACCCAGGUCACUGUCCUAGCCUGGCAGACAGACAUAAGAGUGCUUUAGAAGAUUGGCAUUCUAGACAUCACUGGAGAACGCUAACCCACCAGAGUGUAGACCCAAAGCAGCUGCCUCAAGACCCAAUUGGCCGUCCCAUCAUGCACCUGUCUGGUAUUAAACAUGCCACAGGAGAAGCCAUCUAUUGUGAUGACAUGCCUGCAGUAGACCAGGAACUUUUUCUGACUUUUGUAACUAGUUCAAGAGCUCAUGCUAAGAUUCUGUCCAUUGAUCUGACAGAUGCUCUCAGUCUGCCAGGUGUGGUGGACAUUGUGACUGCUGAACAUCUUCAGGAAGCAAACACUUUCAACACAGAGACAUUCCUGGCUACAGAUAAGGUCCAUUGUGUAGGUCAUCUUAUCUGCGCAGUGAUUGCAGAUUCUGAGAUUCAGGCCAAACGAGCUGCAAAGCUAGUGAAGAUUGUCUACCAAGACCUGAAGCCGCUGAUCCUAACAAUUGAGGAGGCUAUACAACACAAGUCCUUCUACGAGUCUGAAAGGAAGCUGGAGUGUGGAAAUAUUGAUGAAGCAUUUAAAAUGGUUGAUCAGAUUCUUGAAGGUGAAAUACAUAUAGGAGGUCAAGAACAUUUUUAUAUGGAAACCCAAAGCAUGCUUGCUGUUCCCAAAGGAGAGGACGGAGAAAUGGAUAUCUAUGUGUCCACACAGUUUCCCAAGUAUAUACAGGAUAUAGUUGCCGCAACCUUGAAGCUCCCAGCUAACAAGGUCAUGUGUCACGUGAGGCGUGUUGGCGGUGCAUUUGGGGGGAAGGCAGGCAAAACCAGCAUCAUGGCAGCCAUCAGCGCUUUUGCUGCCAGCAAACAUAAUCGUGCAGUCCGUUGCAUUCUGGAAAGAGGAGAAGACAUGUUAAUCACAGGAGGCCGCCAUCCUUACCUUGGAAAGUACAGAGCUGGAUUCAUGAACGAUGGCAGAAUCUUGGCCCUGGACCUGGAGCAUUAUUGUAAUGCAGGUAGCACCCUGGAUGAAUCAUUAUGGGUAAUAGAAAUGGGACUUCUGAAGAUGGACAAUGCUUACAAGUUUCCGAACCUGCGCUGCCGGGGCUGGGCCUGCAGAACUAAUCUUCCAUCCAACACGGCACUUCGUGGGUUUGGCUUUCCUCAGGCAGGGCUGGUCACCGAGGUCUGCAUCACAGAGGUGGCGGUCAAGUGUGGCCUGUCCCCAGAGCAGGUUCGACUGGUAAAUAUGUACAAGCAAAUUGAUCAUACUCCCUACAAGCAAGAGAUUAAUGCCCAGACCCUCUCCGAGUGUUGGAGAGAAUGUAUGGCCAAGUCUUCCUACUCUGUUAGGAAAAUGGCAGUGGAAAAAUUCAACGCAGAGAAUUCCUGGAAGAAGAGAGGGCUAGCCAUGGUACCUCUGAAGUUUCCUGUGGGUCUUGGCUCAGCAGUAGCCAUGGGUCAGGCAGCUGCCCUGGUUCACAUUUAUCUUGAUGGCUCUGCACUGGUCACUCAUGGUGGGAUUGAGAUGGGGCAAGGUGUCCACACUAAAAUGAUUCAGGUGGUCAGCCGUGAAUUAAAGAUGCCAAUGCUAAAUGUCCACCUGCGUGGGACAAGCACAGAAACCGUCCCUAACACAAAUCCGUCCGGAGGGUCCGUGGUGGCAGAUCUCAAUGGGUUGGCAGUAAAGAAUGCUUGUCAAACUCUUCUAAGACGCCUUGAACCCAUCAUCAGCAAGAAUCCUCAUGGAACUUGGAAGGACUGGGCACAGACUGCUUUUGACCAAAGAAUCAGUCUUUCAGCUGUUGGAUUCUUCAGGGGUUACGAGUCAGACAUGGACUGGGAGAAAGGCGAAGGCCAUGCCUUCGAAUACUUUGUAUAUGGAGCUGCCUGUUCAGAGGUUGAAAUAGACUGCCUGACAGGGGACCACAAGAACAUCAGAACAGACAUCGUGAUGGAUGUUGGCCACAGCAUAAAUCCAGCCCUUGACAUAGGCCAGAUUGAAGGAGCGUUUAUUCAAGGAAUGGGGCUUUAUACAAUAGAGGAACUGAGUUACUCUCCUCAAGGUGUUUUGUAUACACGUGGUCCGAGCCAGUAUAAAAUUCCUGCCAUCUGUGACAUCCCCAUUGAGCUGCACAUUUCUUUUUUGCCCCCAUCUGAAAACUCAAACACCCUGUAUUCGUCUAAGGGUCUGGGAGAGUCUGGGGUGUUCCUGGGGUGUUCAGUGUUUUUUGCCAUCCGUGAUGCAUUGAGUGCAGUGCGACAGGAGAGAGGCACCUCUGGGCCACUGAAGUGCAGUAGUCCACUGACUCCAGAGAGGAUCAGAAUGGCCUGUGAGGACAAGUUCACAAAGAUGAUUCCAAGAGAUGGACCUGGGUCCUAUGUUCCCUGGAAUAUACGUGUCUGAGCCAAAUGCAGACUUCUGGAGGAAACGGGGCAUCUCUUUCUGUGGAGAGAUCUACCCAUUUCUGCUCUUAGAUGCUAGAUAUGAAAACCAAAUUUUCACGGCUCAGGAAUCAUUCCACGUGGUGUUGCUUUUACAUGGAGCUGAUUUGGAAUAUUCUACUCAGGAUUUGCUAGAUACACUCAAGCAACUAUAAUGAUACUUUAAAUGAUAUAAAUAUUAAGUUUUUCCUCUGAGGUGAUCUCUCUCAUCAUUCUGUCCCUGGAUCUAUCUAGCUAAAUGGAAUAUAUGCUGACUUGUUUGUGAUUCCCUUCUGGCCCGUGGCUACUAGCAGAAGUUACACUGCCUGGUGAAAAAUAAAUUCCUAAAUAAUUCCAUCCGCAGUA